UAGAAAUUCAAUAAUUUAAAUAAUAAGAAAUCUAAUUUCGAUAUUUUUUUGCAAAAGAAGGAAAUAUCGAACGUAAUAAAAUACAUAGAUAUUAGAGUAUCGAAUGCUUUGAUCAGCUUUCGAUGGAGCCGAAUAGGUAUCAAAACCAUCCUUGCUCGGUAUCGAAGAUCUACAACUGCGAUCUACGUAGAAAUUACGAAUUAUGGAGCACAGAAGAAGCGUUUCCAACAAUGUGUCCUUUGCCAAGUUAUUAUAAUUUAGUCCCGGAUAUAUUGAAUUCGAGAAACGUGCCUUUCUCAUGGGAUAUUCCGCUGAUUAAGUACAAACCUCAGCCACGUUAUGAAAAACCACCAUAUUCGUACAUCGCCUUGAUAGCCAUGGCUAUUAAUUCUUCGCCUAAACAAAGACUCACACUCUCGGGUAUCUACAGAUUCAUUAUGGAUAGGUUUCCUUACUACCGAGAAAAUCGCCAAGGAUGGCAAAAUAGUAUAAGGCAUAAUUUAAGCUUAAAUGACUGUUUUGUAAAGAUAGCGCGAGACAAAGUGGUUGGGAAUGAUAAUGAAGAGGAUCAAGCUGGAAAAGGAAGUUACUGGACUUUAGAUCCCUCAGCAAGCGAGAUGUUUGAACAUGGUAAUUACAGGAGAAGAAGAAUGAGGAAACAACGAGGGUUGGCGCAAGAUAAACAGGAACAAAAUCGUACAGUAGUUUCGAUUUCAUCGGAGAUCUUGUCUACUUUAAAAUAUAAAGAAAAAGACGAACAGAGAUAUGAAACAAUUAAAACAAAAAACGUCGCAGAAAAUACACGAAACGAGAACAUGAAAUACACAGAAGGACAAGGACACUGCGUAAAGUCGAUGAUGUUUACAAUCGAGAAUAUCUUACGAAAAUCUACGAACAAAUCAUCCAUUUGAAUG